UUGUUGCCAGGGUAACCAUCAUCCAGCGCGUUCUAUUGUAACUAAACAUAAACUCCCACCGGCACGGACAAUCACUGCCGUUGCCGAUGGGUAAAUUCGAACCAAGUGUAUUAAUUGUGGGUGCCGGUGGAGCUGGAAUUGCGGCUGCUACUCGGCUGCUUGAGCGAGGAUUCCGGAAUUUAACGAUCUUGGAAGCAGAAAAUCGUAUCGGUGGACGCAUCCAUUCUGUGCGGCGUGGCACGAACGUGCUAGACUAUGGCGCACAAUGGGUCCACGGUAAGGAAAACAAUUUCAUCUACGAUAUGGCGUCCAAGUACGGGCUGAUCGAGAUAGAGCAGCACAAGGAGAAUGAACUGUACUUCAAAUCUAGUGGCGAACCGGUACCAAAGGAUGUGUCCGAUCGAGUGAUCGACACUCUGUACACUUUGCUGGAGGAUGUACACUCUUUGCAAACAUUCUCAGGAUCGCUGGGUGCAUACUAUGAUAAUGUGUUCUUUGAUGCUGUACGCGCAGGAAAGUUUUCCGAUAUCGAUCAGCGUACCUGUUACCAGUUGUACCAGUUCUUUAUCAAGUAUCACAACACGUACAAUGCCACCGAUACGCUGCACGAAGUGUCCGGCGCUGGUCUGCUAGAGUUCGAAGACAAUCAGGACGAGUUUCUGAUUAAUUGGAAAAAUCGUGGCUUUCGCACACUGCUUGAUCUGCUCAUGCGAAAACUUCCCGAGCAGAACGGCCCACCUAUACCGGUAGAAGAGUACAUAAAGUUUAAUCACGUUAUCAAGUCGAUUAAAUGGAAAGCAAGGUCAGAAGAUCGUCCAGAAACCCCGGACCACCAUCGGGUUUCUGUAACGUGUUCCAACGGUGCCACCUUCAGUGCUACCCAUCUCAUACUCACCGUAUCGCUCGGCGUACUGCAGGACAUGCACACCGUAUGGUUCGAUCCACCGCUCCCCGACCCAAAGCGUAACGCCAUCGAAGGUCUCUACAUCGGUACGAUCGAUAAGAUGUUUCUGGAGUUUGACGAACCCUUCUGGCCGCAGGAUAACAGCUGGCAUGGGUUCGGUUUGCUGUGGGAACCGAACGAUCUCGAACAGCUGCGACACGAUGGCCGCCAAUGGUUGGAGAGUGUGUGCGCUUUCUUCGUGCCGGAUCGUACCGAACGGUUGCUGGUUGCGUGGAUCUACGGCCAUGAUGCACGCGUAAUGGAAGCACUACCCGAACCGACCGUAAUCGAUGGGUUGAUGUAUUUGUUGCGUAAAUUUCUGCCACAUUUCCUGGUACCGGCGGCACCUCGUUGGUUCUCGCGCAGCCGUUGGUAUAGCAAUCCACACUUCCGUGGAUCGUAUAGCAGUCGUUCGAUGAAAUCGGAUGCGAUGCGUGCAACAGCGGCCGAGCUGGCGGAACCACUGACAGCUGUACGGGAUCACGUACCGAUCGUACAGUUCGCCGGCGAAGCAUCCCAUCCACAGUUCUACUCAACCGUACAGGGUGCGGUUGCUAGCGGUUGGCGCGAAGCGGAUCGUUUAAUCGACCUUUACCGAACGCAAGCUACAUCGGGGACGACGACCUUGGAGAAGAAAAUGCCAUCAUUAAUAGGUAAACUUUAG